UGGAGCCAGCUGGAGCACCUUACCUUGAGUAGGGUAAACCUGCACGAACAGCUGACUCUGUUGUGGCCGCAGGAUUUGGCGCUGCCGAGGCUGCGCACCGUGACUCUCCAACCACGCUACGGCCGAAUAUCCGACAUGCCCUAUUCUGAGGGAUGCCUCGAAAGCCUCCGCUCGCUACUGCGAGUACACAGUGAACAGCUGGGCUGUGUGAGGAUAAUGUCAUAUGUAGAUCUUCUCGAUCAUCUGGCGGAUGCAUUGCCCAGCGACCUCCGCAGGCUGGAGUUCGAACAGUAUAUGGCACCGAGAGAUGCUGCAGCACUUCGACGGACCCACGGUUUGAAGGAGCUUAAGCUCGACAUUUGGUCGGGAGAAGAUGCACGUCAUGAACAGACCUGUAUUGAGCUGGAACACUUCUUCCGGGCCCCGGGCCCCCUUGAACGCCUCGAGCUGCUUGGCUUUGAUGUCUUCACGCGUGCCCUGGGGGCGGGCGGGCUGACAAGCUUACAGUGUCUCGUCCUGGGGCGCUGCUACUACGGUUCACUGCGUCAGGCGCUGGCGGGCCUUCCCUGCCUGCGGUCGCUCAUUCUGUUCUGCCCGCACCCCCGGCCUUUACCGGAAGUGUUCCUACAGAUCACACCCGCCGCCAUCCCGACCCUCGAGGUGCUCGUCGUCCGUCCGUCGUUAUACGAGAAACCCUGCAACAGAUCUCCCUGUGAGUGUGAGAACUACGACGGCCACGGAACAGCAUGCGCGCGAGUCCCUCGGCUGAUCACAGAGCUGCAGGGUCUGGUGCGACGUGCCCCCGCCCCGCUACACGUAAUGUAUGGGUACAGCACCAUGUUCUUCCGGCACCCCGUGUCGGAGACGGCGGGCUGCCCGCUGUGCCGCGAGGCCUCGGUCGAGGCAGCGGCUGUCUUGCACGACUACGAUAUGCUUCCGCACAAUAAGCUGGACGGUUCAGUCCAAUGUGUGAAGGUGUAAGAAAGAAAAUUGGACUGAACCGUCCAGUUGUUCGAUAACAGUAGAACCGAUUGUUUCCGUUCGAACGGCAUUCUUUUCGCAGUGUCCCCCAGCAAAGAGGGUGCAGAAAAGAAGUACAAAUAAAGUAUUGUGUAGAUAUUGGUAUGCAUUCCUCCUGUGGCGCCAUUUGCGCGUUGGUGCGCAAAAUGCUCCACUUUUUUCCCGUGAAACCCGCCCCGUGUACCUACUGUAUACGUUCCACAAACGAUCCAUAUGUGUACAUACAGGUAACGGAUAAGGGUCGUACACGGUCCGAGUAGGGGAGAGCGGGGCAGUUUGAGGAACGUUUUGUUUUUUGGCUCUAAAAACUGAACUAUUUGUCGCACAGACCUGACGUUUUGACUCAAAGAAGGUGGCAUUGGCAUGUAUCAACCCUUUAAAGCGCGUUGCAAUGCGGUGUCUUUGUGAGGAGAUAUAGCCAGUUCCUCAUACUACCCCGCAUUUCUCAAACUACCCCAUGUGCGGGGCAGUAUGAGGAACGCCGUGGGGUAGUUUGAGGAAUAGCCUUUUGCUCUUCGUCAAUGAAUCGCAUGGUAUCGUGCUUUACAGCGUCAAGGCAUUGCCUCCUUCCCUUCACUGAGUCAAAAUUGCACAUCUGUACCUCAAAUAGUUUCGUUUUUAGAGCCAAAAAACUAAACGUUCCUCAAUCCUACUAAAAUAUGGCCUUCCAGCGGGGUAUCCCUAUCGGCCACACGCUAUAGCAUGGGCUGGCCUAUCCUCAAUUUACCCCGUGCAGGUCUUCCUCAA